AUGCUGGUCUUUGCAGCAGCUGCGGAUGUUACUGCGCUGCGUCGCGCUGUCGCCGCUCUUGCAGGGCCGGCCACAUCGAUGAACUACUCUGAUGAGCUUCCCAGAGAAGAGAGUGGGGAUGCUGAACGGACAAGUGUCACUGUUGGUGCCGCUCGAGGCGCAUUCAAGCACGACACGUGGAUUUUCGCUUCUGCUUCAGACUCAUGCAGCUUGCUGUCUGAAAUGCCAGACUCGCUGAGGCAUCUCUCGCCCGCACAGUAUCAGAUGGCUUCGGUCGAGCUGCGGCAAUGGAAACAUUUGCUGAGUCACAGACACGUGCCUCAACAGCAUACAAGGGCCUCAUGCACCAUCGGUCAUGCAACUCGUGACAAUCAAGUCAACGACACGACUGUCAGGGCACGCACAAGUACGGCGGCUACAGGCAAUGUAGACAAUUUGCUUUUCUGUCAGCAGCGCGUCGACACUGUCUCCAGCGCCGAGUGCACUGGGCACUUAUCCCUUCUGUGGGCCCGCGUUCCACACACCACUUCAGAUGCGGAGUUUGCCGAUUUCGGUGCCACGCGCUCUCCGGCCUGCGCUGCACCUGAUGGCGUCGCAGACAGCUCUUUUCCAUCAAGACAUCACCUGCUGUGUGUCGACGUUGGCGGCAUGUACUUGCCGAUUUCAUGGGAACAUCCCGUGGCAGAGCGCACACAAAAUGCACCGCCGCAGCCCGCAGAGUCGGCCGCCACGAAGGCAGCGUGUGCCUCGAGGAGGCCGAAUGCGGUGCGCAUUGUACAUGGCCAUGCCCAACCGAAACAGACGUCAUUCUCCGAUGCACACUGUAGCAGUACCAGAGGCAUGACAGACGAGAGGGAAGCUGAGGUGUCUCAGAGUCUAUGGCGCGUGUUGCAGGAGCGCUUUACGGCUGCAACGCGUAGUUGUCCGUUCAGGCCGGAGGCCUGCGCCACAGCGAGUCCGCUGACACUCACGGAGGUAUGGGUGGUACCUCUGCUGACCGCGGACAACGACAAUGAUGAGCCUCUGAACAGUGCAACUCUAGCCAUUUCCGCCUUUCCGAAGCUUGUAGACGAAAAGUAUCAACACAACUCCGCUGAUUUCGUCUCUGUUAAUGGCGACGGCGUGCGAUCCUUUCGUCUAGCGCGCCAUCCCCCCACCCACGUGCUUCGCAUCGCUGGAGAUGAUGACGCCCGUUUAACCAACCCGUUAUCUUUUGCCACGUGCCAGGCUUCAGUGCUGGGGUCGCGCAAGAGGCACCGUGACAAGACGACGGGGAGAGGAGAUGGGGCAGACGAGAGACAGUGGUUGACUACACACGUCACACAUCCGUUACAGGACGCUGUCUUUCUGCGUGCUUGCAGCUGCGACUGCGGCAGCACCGACACUGCGCCACCGGAGCUACCUGCUGUGCGGCUUCGGAUACUAGAGCGCGGCUUCCUGCUUCGCAGCUGUUACUUCUCCGAGUGGUGCUGCGCCGCUGACUUUGACAUCACGGGUAGCUUUCUCAGUCCAUAUCUGGGCAAGCGGACAAGGAGUACAACGUCGCACCACGCCUUCUACAGUGCACUGCGGCGGUGCGUACUGGCCGAAGACGCACUUGUGCAGCACAUGGUGGAAAAGGAGGCGGCAAAGCUGGUCGCGUCAUGUGAAUCACCCUCUGGCGCUGACGUCUCGAGUACCUCCAGAGUAGCCGCGCCACAACAGAGCACCACCGAGGAGGGGCUCUUCAAGGAUAGCACCCUUGAGGGGGGCAGCGCGGGCGACACUGGCGCUCAUGGGAGUGAGCGGGUGUGGCCAGUAGAGGAGCUGUGGAAUCUGUGGGUUCGACUGGAGUGGAUACCUCCAUUGACGUGGCAGCGUGUGCGUGUGCGUCUGCAGUUCUCUGAAGGCCUUGGGCCGGGAAAGGUACGCCGGUGCUGUAUUCGGGAGCUGUCACCGCGCGCUCUUCUGGGAUUCCUGUCACGGGUGGCAACCGCAGUGAAUGUGGCGUACAUUGAAGCGAAGCAGCUACGGCAAAUUGAUGAUUCUCGAGCUAACUGUGUGACUGCGGACGCCGAGGGCGAUGACGAUGCCGUCGGCGCAGACCUCGGCGGGGUGAUUGACGUGAGUCUUGCGGACAGUCGCCAGAGGAACAUACCGUUUUCUUUGGCUGCUCGACGUGAGUCUUUGGUGCAGGUGCGGCGACUACUUGAGUUUCGGGCAGCUCUACCGGUGGCCGCCGAACUUGUGACCCGGCAGCUGUCGGCGGGGCCAUCCGAUGUUGGCAUUGCGGCUCCUUGCAUCCCCACUGUUGACCCGCACCCUAUCACUGCCUUCCGUGACGUUGCUGUGGGUUCUCCUGCUCUCAGCGCCGCCGCACGUGACCUCGCAGCGGAUAUUGCCGCCACGACGGUGCUUUCUGCCUCGCACCCCGCAGCAUCCCCGGCAGGCAGUGCUGCUGAUGUCGCGACGUUUGCAAUGGCGUGGCUUCGUGGUGUGCUCGAGUCCCCUGCUCUGCUCCUCCCUCCGCUCGGUGUGUCUGGCGAGAUGGAUGAGAGAGACAGUGCCGAGGGCUCGUCGUGCGGUGCUCGCAUCCAUUUUUCCAGCAGGAGCGCGGUAGACAAGGAGACGGCGACGCUAACUGCACUGCUCGCGCGCCGAUCGCCAUUUCAGCCGGAGAAAUCGCUCCAGGAUGGGCUGGAAGUUUCCAUGACUUCAUAUCCUCUGCCGAUCCUGCCACCGUCCUCUCUGUCAGCCGCAGAGAUGUACUGCGAGGCUGCCGAUGUGGCAGAGCUGCGCUGGUCUUCCCCACAACCCACCGCCACCACAGAUUAUCACGCCGCUUUCUCAGCCGCUGCUUCAAAAACUCCUGCGCCAGGGGCGCCGAGUUCGGCAUUUGGGACUGCGUCCUGUUGCGCCGUCGCGUGUGAGGAAGUGGCACGGCUGGCACGCACGAAGACGGCGGCCGAGAUCGCCAAUGUGUUCCGCACAUCGCAUCAGCAACUCAGCGCCACAAACCCAUUGGCUGCUUUUCUCUACACGCGCUGCGUUAGAUAUCUCCAGGAGCAAGGCGUCCUGACCGUUAUGUCACCAUCAGGAGAGGGGUGCGGCGAGAGAGACUUGAGCGAUCCUGGAAGAGAUGAUGAGAGCGUAUCACGUGAUAGUUGUGCGGCGCCACAGUCUGCAGCGGCAGCGUCCUGCUCUUUAUUCCACUCUCCCAUGCCGCAGCAGGAAGGCUGCGGCCAGGGCGGAGCGGCUGGCGUGUCUUUGCCCGAGAAUGGUGAUUGCCUUGAGGACGAAAGUGGGCCGUCAGGGGAGGGCGAUGCCGUGAACACCCUACUGGCGGAGACUGUAGUGCGCGUCGUUCAGCAGAACAAGUCGGUAGUGCGACGCAUACUAGCUCUUAUUCAGUCCUACAGUUGCGUCCUCACUGAAGCAACAGCAGAGGUCAACAGCGGUGCACCAUUUGUCUCCAACACGCACAGGGCAGCGGCGGCUGAGAGCGUUGACCGUCAGCCAAAAGACGCCGUUGCGCAGGACUUAUGGCACUGCCUUGUACCGGAGAGAAAUGCUGCCAUGCGUGUGAAUGGCGCGGUGGGUCAGCCAUCAUCGUGUGCCAAAGCGACGGCGCAACGCCUUCUGCAGGCAUUUUGGACGAAUGUCGCCGCGACGGCCCGCCUGCACCUGUGCAAUCAGCUGGAUGCCUCGUCAGGUAGUGAGGUGGACUCAACCAGCGAUUCGGAGGAGGAGGAGGAGGAGUUGGCAGGGGGAUCACCAUCACUGCCCACAAGGCGUGGCGGGGCGGUCUGUUUGCCAGCGGAAGCGGCAGCAUCAACAUAUUCAGAGGUGCAGCACGGUUUUAUUGCCAAACAAAGUGGUGCCAAUUCUAAGGUGACUAAGUCGAGCAUAUCGUUGCCUUCGUCUCGAGAACAGGCGCAUACUUCUCCUGCUUUUCCCUUGCUUUCCCCUACGUUGCUGUCCCGUCAGCUUCCUUCGCCGAUCCCUGCCACACACCCCUCUGGAGUGUCGAUCCAGGCGGUUCGUGGGCUGGAUGGGGCAAAGGCGAUGGCCCUCUAUGUUCAACACAUUCUGCGGUGCUUCAACUCCACCGGUCAUCAGCAAAGUCAAACCCAACUUGGAAGCUGCCCAUUGCCCAGUUGCGCAACGGAGGCGCCUUGGAGAGCACCACCCACCAUGGGGGACACAGCAGCAUCGCACGACAACCCUUGGCAGCCCAACUACUGGCUUCACCAUGCGCUCUUUCUUCUGAGCUACGGACUCGCAUGCCCCCCUGAUCAGUCGGCGGUGUCCACUGGUGCAGCUACCACCCCAGCGGACGCCUGUUCAAAGGGAUGCCACUUUGUGUGCUCCUGCUCAGGCGAUGACCAAUUCGCACUACCGCCGCCGCCGGCACUCGCGGCGUUUCGCACCUUACGUUGCGGGAAGCUGACGCUUGAUGCGUGGAUUGGCGCGGCCCUGGAGGUGUACCUACAGAGGUGGGAGCUGAGUAUACAGGCCCAGUGA